GAUGAACGAACGAAAAGUAAACAGCAUUGUGACCAUUGACAAUCGACUUUAAUUUAUGUUUGAAAUAUCUUGGAACAAUGGAUAUUAAAAGAAGGCAAAUGAACAAUCCAAUAAGUUCAUUGAUCAAAACAUAUAAUGGAACUUGGUGACUUAAUAUUAAUUCCAAAUCUCGACAAUGUCGUGUUAACGGAUAAAACUGAUGGAAACAGUAAAUCCAUAGAUGGGACAUUGUGUAUUAGCAGUCACCAUCUUCUUUUAUCUUCGCGACAAAACGAUGGGCAAGAACUUUGGCUACUAUACCGAAACAUUGAUCUGAUAGAAAAGAAAUUAAACACCCAAAGUUCAGGCGGUAGUAUUAUAUUGAAAUGUAAAGAUUUUCGAAUCCUCCAAUUAGAUAUUAUUUCAACGGAUGACUUAAUGAAUGUUGUAUUAUCUAUAGAAAAGUUAACUUCGCAAGAGCAAAUAUUACAAUAUCCUUUUUUCAAUAGACCACAAAUUACAAAUAAUAUCACGGUACAAAUAGAAGAUGGCUGGACCGCGUUUACUCCUGUUUCAGAGUGGUCUAGAUUAUUAACCGCUCAUGCGGACGAAUGGCGUAUAAGUUAUUUAAAUAAAGACUAUAAAGUUUGCAAUUCUUAUCCUUCUGCUGUUAUAGUACCUCGUCACAUAGAGGAUAAAAUUAUUAUAUCUUCUGCUAGUUUCAGAGAAGGCGGAAGAUUUCCUGUUUUGUGUUACAGGCACGAAGGAGGGAGUAUCUUGUUAAGAAGUAGCCAACCAAUGUGUGGCUCUACCAGUAAAAGGUGUAAAGAAGACGAAAGAUUAUUAAAUGCAGUGUUAGGUCCAGGAAGACGCGGUUACAUAGUAGAUACAAGAUCCGUUAGUCAAGCUCAAAGCUCAAAAGCCAGAGGUGGCGGUACAGAAAUGGAUGCUGCUUAUCCACAGUGGCGAAAAGUGCACAAAGCAGUUCCACGUCCGCACGAUUUAGCAGAUAGUUUUUUUAAAUUGGUAGAAGCUUGUAACGAUAUAACGUGUUCUACUUCUCAGUGGCUUUCAAGACUUGAUAAUGGUGGAUGGCUGUCUGCUGUACAAAGUGCUUUAAAUGCUGCUUGUGUAACUGCUCAGUGUCUUCAUCAAGAAGUUGCAGCUGUGUUAGUUCAUGGAAGCGCUGGUAGAGAUUCUACUUUGGUGGUAACCAGCUUAGCGCAAGCAAUAUUAAAUCCUGACUGCAGAACAGUGCGAGGUCUUCAAGCUUUGAUCGAACGUGAAUGGAUACAAGCAGGACAUCAGUUUUUUAGCCGCACACGUCAUGGGCCUUAUCAUCCUGCGAGUUCACAAAAUCCAACACAUGCUCCAACUUUUCUUCUCUUUUUAGAUUGUCUUUAUCAGCUUCAUUAUCAAUUCCAAUUUAGCUUUGAGUAUACAAUAGAAUUAUUGGUUGAAUUAUAUAAUCAUGCGUACUGUUCUGACUAUGGAACAUUCCUAGGUGAUACAGAAGCAGAGAGAGUCAGACUUCGAUUAUCAGAACGAACGUGUAGCUUAUGGUCGUACAUAAAUCAACCGGAAGUACUAGAGAAAUGGUUAAAUCCUUUAUACGAACCAAAUCCAGGCGUUAUUUGGCCUAGUGUUGCACCAAUUAGUAUUCAAUUAUGGAAAGAACUUUAUCUUUCUCACACGAACGUUGCUCCAUGGAAAGGUUUAUUACCGUGCAUAAAACAAAUAAAACAAAAUUAUACAGCAGUCCGAAAAGUUGCUGGCCAAUUACGGAUUCAAAUUAAACGAGCGAUAGACGAAAUACGUUCAGAUCCGGACAUAACUUACGAAACUGAAAUUCAAGACGAGCAUUCAUGCAUAGCACAAUUAAGUUUAGAAUCUCAAAACACCUGAUACAUGGAUUACAAAUAUUGAACAAAAAAAUUCCUGCUAUAAAAUACAAUGUAUUGUCAAUUUUCCUUUCUUCGUACCGUAAAAUUAGCACAUAAAAAUUCAUAUUUUGCAAUAACUUACUAUCGUAAACUUUAAAUAACUUGUUUACAUUUCACAGUUUUUUUAUUCUCCUAGUUUUGAGAUCAUUUUUGUAAUUCAAUCACUUUUACAUUCCUUGAUAAAAUUACGGCCGUCCUUGCAUCUAAGCGACGCGAUAGCGACACUAUUUUAAAAAAUUAUUAGUUGAUAAUUGCCUGUAUAUAUGUAUGUGUGUGUACAUUGUAAUUUCAUAUUGUAUUCGUACUAUGUCUACCAAUAAAUUCAUUUUUUCAAUUGCGUCGCCGACGCUUAGUUGAAGAAUGGCCUAAAAAAGUACUUUAAAUCGCCUGGAAAAUACAUAGUGAAUUUUAAUGAUUUGUAAUUUUGUGAAAAGUAACCGUACAACAAUCUAAAGAAAAGUAUUUGGAAGAAUGUAUAUCACAAAUAUACAUAUAUUACAAUAUUACAAAAACUCAUCGAUGGAGCAUUGUCUUAAAAUUAAGAAUAAACCGGUACAUAUGUACAUACAUCAGUAUGUCCUCAUCAUUUCCACACAGAAUUCAUUAUUAGUUUUACAUAGACGCAGUAAUCUUUCCACAUAGAAAAGAAUUUAUUUGCGCAUUGUUCCUGUACCUUUAUAAUUGAAUGCAUUAAGUUCAUUGAUUAAAUAUUUUAAAGAAAAAAAAAAAAAACGAAAUGGAGUAUGUAGGUGAAAUAAAAUUGUGCAUAGAAUGAAAUGAACUAAAAAAUUUUCUAUAAACUGUAAGAAACGGCCAACUGUGUUUUAUAAUUCUCUAUUCAAAGGUAAAGACGGUUAUAUUGGCAAGCUUUUACCGUUAUUCAGAAAGGAUGACAGGGAUAUGGGAGAGGUUAAGGGCGAAUUAUUGCUACCAAUGGAAAGCGGUAGAUCGUUGGUGGGGAAAUACGGCAGGUGUUCGCACACAAAGAAACUGAAUGGAAUCUUGCAGCCAUUAGCUUGGGCCACCGAGUCUUUUCUGUAUUCCGUUAAGCAACGUAAAAUAACGUAAAUUUUUACAAGAUCGAAUCUACCGAUCAAUAUGAGUUCGUAUAUAUGUAUAUUUAGAAUAGAACGUACUACAAUCUUGUAGAAAAUUUAUUUAUAUAAAAAUAAUUUC